AAGUCAACCAUCAGACAGGAGAAGAAGUGAAAGGAGCUGACGAGAGUCACCAGAAGAAUCAAAGGACUGAACAAGUUGAAGCAGUGGAAGCCUCCUAAGAUGAAGACAUUCAGUGUUGCAGUUGCAGUGGCCGUCGUGCUCACCUUUAUUUGCCUUCAGGAGAGCUCUGCUGGCUCAUUCACUGAGGAGCAAAAACUGGAGGAGCCAAUGAACAAUGAGGGUCCAGUUGCUGCAUACAAGGAGAUGCCAGAGGACUCCUGGAAGAUGGGGUAUGCCAGCAGAAGCAAAACUGGACGCAGGAGGUGUAAGUUUUGCUGUGGUUGCUGUCCCGGCAUGAGAGUUUGUGGCGUCUGCUGCAGGUUCUGAGGAUUCCAGCUGCAGCCUGGGAUUCACAUGACAACCACUAAAUAAUAUAUUUCAAGUGCUGUUUUUUUUAAAAGCAGUUUUCCAAAUUUCACUAGUGGUUGUAAAUAUCUGAGGAUGUUUCUGGAUUUGGCCAUGCUGCAGAUAAUGUGUGCUAACUGAUGUAUCAUCCUCAUUUUGUUAAAAAUCUGCAUGUGUGAUCAGUAAAGUUGAUUUGUUCUAUUUCAA